UAUCCGCCCUUAAAAGCCACAAGAAGAAGAAUAAGCAUCUCGAAGUGAAAGUGAAUAAUGUGGAGAAAAAUAGUUUAUAUUUAAAAGCCUCGAACAAGGAACAAGCUUCUGGUUCUGAUUAGUCUUGUAUGACGUGUUAAACGUGGAUGAAGUUAUGGAUUCUCAAACGAGCAGUUUAAAUGCUGAGGUUAAUCAAGAAGAUGUAAAGAAUGAUGCUCCAAAAACUAACCUCACAGAUGAAAGUGAUGAACUCUGUUUUGAACCACAAACGUCUGGCGCUACAGGAUACAGUACACAAACAGAGAACACACAUGAUGAUGUGUCUUCCCAGAAUUUGAUGGACUGUAGGUCUGCAGGUGACACGGAUGAAGCUGUGCUCACGUGCAGCAAAAGUAACACAGCUCCAACACAGUGUUCUAAUGGGCAGAAAUCUAAGAGGCCCAGUUCACCAGGUCCUCACCCCUCUAAGACAACCUGUGUUGCUGCACACACUACCAAUACAAAACUCCCUCCCUGUCUUAGUUUUAGUUCCAAAAACCCAGAGUGUACCCCCAUUGAUGUGGAGAUGCUCAGUCCUGAUAGUCCAGUCUGUAAAACCAUGUUCAACAACUCUGCAGACCAGGAUUGUGAUGGAGGUUUUUGUGCAGAGCACUCUGCCUUUGCAAAGGCUCAGGUAAUGGAAUCUCAGCAGACUAUCAAAGACUCUGAUCCAGGAAGUUCAACCAAAGAAAGAGAACAUCUUCCUGCAAUCGGAUCCGAGGAUGCUGAAAUAGCAGACCACAGUGGGUCAUCUAAUAUGAGCCAGGACUUAAUUGAAAGCCAGCCAGAUACAAUUUUGCAAAGUGUUUCAUGCCCAUCACAUAACAUUGAGACAAAAUGGCAGGGGACGCCCAUAGAUGAGCUGAACAGACUACCCCAGUGUGCCCCUCCUCUGUCCCACCUGAAAUCAGCACCUCAUCACACUGUCACAGUCAGGACAGAUCUCCUCAGGGAGGGAGAAGUCCCUGUCCCAUACCCUACCAAGUUCAAGGAUGCAUGGGAUGAUUUGUCAGUGAAGAUGCCCUGCUCUGAGAAGAAUCUGUUUCCUAUGGAGACCGAGGAUGGAAAUGGCGUCCAAAGUCGAUGGGACCUGAUCCGCACUGCUUUGCAGAGGGGGUUCAAAAGUUGUCUGGAUGUGAGGGAUGCAAUCCUUAGGUAUAACACAGCCCAUGCAAAGAAAUGGGACUUCACUGCCCUGAACCUUCUUUGUACAGAGUGUCUUGAACAUUGUGAGGUACAGCAACUGUUUGAUACCGUACUACCUGCUAUGGUUGAUCUUGCACUUAAAGCUCCUCGGCUGUGCACAAUGCCAAUUCCUUUACUUAAGUCAAGGAUGAAUCAGUCUCUGACCCUUUCUCAGGAGCAAAUAGCCUGUCUUUUGGCCAACGCCUUCUUCUGCACAUUCCCUCGACGCAACUCCCGCAAGUCCGAGUAUGGCAAUUAUCCUGAGAUCAACUUCUACAGGUUGUUUGAAGGUCCUUCACCAAGAAAAAUUGAGAAAUUGAAAACUCUGCUGUGUUACUUCAGGAGAGUUACAGAGACUACACCCAAGGGUCUUGUUACAUUUACAAGACAAACACUAAGCAAUCCACCAGACUGGGAAAGCUCUCAGACUCAGCUGACACGCCUGCAUAUCACUUGUGAAGGGACAAUUGAGGAACAUGGAUAUGGAAUGCUCCAGGUGGACUUUGCCAACAGGUUUGUAGGUGGUGGAGUCACAGGACAUGGGCUGGUCCAAGAAGAAAUCAGGUUCCUUAUCAACCCUGAACUCAUUAUCUCUCGCCUCUUUACUGAAGCUCUUGAAUACAAUGAAUGCCUCAUCAUCACAGGAGCUGAACAAUACAGUAAAUACUCUGGCUAUGCUGAGAGUUACAAAUGGGUGGGUAUCCACAAAGACGAGACACCCAGGGAUGACUGGCAGAGAAGAUGUACAGAGAUUGUGGCCAUUGAUGCUCUUAAAUACAGGCACUUCCUGGAACAGUUUCUGCCCGAGAAGAUGACCAGAGAACUCAACAAGGCAUACUGCGGAUUCCAUCGAAAUAAUGCCAACAGGAAGCACCUCUCUGCAGUGGCCACAGGCAACUGGGGCUGCGGAGCUUUUGGCGGAGACACACGGCUCAAAGCGCUGAUUCAAUUCAUGGCAGCAGCAGAGGCUGGGCGAGAUGUGGCGUAUUUCACAUUUGGAGAUGCUCAGCUGAUGAAAGAUGUUCAUGAAAUGCACGCUUUCCUCACAGAGAGUCUGGUCACCGUUGGUAAGAUUCACACAAAAGACGUUUGUGGCAAAGCUGUGGUCACUCAGUAGAAUUAUUAGAAACAGGAACUUUUUGCUUUUGU